AUGCGGCUUCUCGUCGUGCGCGUCGCUGGCCCCGUCCGUCGCCUGCCCCCGCUCGUCGCAGCCCGUCCGUCCCGCGCCGUUUCGUCGCCCCGCGGCCCCCCGUCGCCCCCUGCCGUUUCGUCGCCCCGCGCCCUCCCGUCGCCACGCGCCGUUUUGUCGCCCCGCGCCCCCCCGUCGCCCCCUGCCGUUUCGUCGCCCCGCGGCCCCCCGUCGCCACGCGCCGUUUCGUCGCCCCGCGACCCCCCGUCGCCCCGCGCCGUUUCGUCGCCCCACAGCUCCCCGUCGCCCCUCCCCGCUUCGUCGCCCUCCCGCGGCGUCCCUCGCGCGGUCUCUGCCGUGCGUGGGGUGAUGGGGUGGUGCCCGAGAGUGGGGGAGGCGGGGGUGGGUGACUCGGCCUCCCCGCUCUCCUCUCUGUCCCUGCAGCGGCUGGUGCUGAAGGGGAGGGGGGGGGAGGGGGUGGCUGGCUCUGCUGCUACGCCAUGCUGCCGCCCGCCUUCUCCUUCUCCCUGCUGCUCGUGCAGCCGAGGAGGGGGAGACGGUGAAGAAGGUGUUGCGGAAACGGGAGAAGGCGGUGCUGGAGAUGGUGUAGCGGACAUGACGACUGCCGCGGUCGUCAUGCCAUCUGCUGCUGCAGCUGUUGAAGACAAAGGAGAGGAAGGUGAUGCCGCUGCCGACGAGGGUGAUGAAGACAAUCCGUGGAAGAUGGACGAAGACGACGUCCCGCUGUUUCGUCGGCGUGUGAAGCAUCGAGUUGACGUCGCGGCCCGGAAAGAAUCCGGGCGUUUCACGGCGGCGGAGAAGGGCAAGCAGAAGGUUGAUGAAGGACCCUCACGGUGGCGUUUCAUGGCGGCGGAGAAGGCAUCCAUUCGGCGGUGGGUUGGGCAGAGGGUUGCUGGAGUCUACAAGGGCGCAGCGAGCAGCAGGAAACGAAUGCAUGGUGCAGGGCGUCACCCGCACUACCCCGACAUGGAGGAGGCGCUCUACCGCCACAUCUGUGUGCAUCGGGCGAAGGGCGUGCCCAUCUCCGUGUUGGACACGCAGAAGUGGAGCAGGGCAUGGAUGAAGAAGCACCACAAGGGGAAGGAGUGGGCCGCCAGUUCUCAUUGGAGCCAGCGUUUCAGCGACCGCACGAAGGUCGGCCAGAAGUUGAGCAACGGUGUGGUGGUGCAAGCCCAAGUGAAUGGGUGGAUGGAUGAGGACGCGGUAGGUGCUUGGCUUAGAGGGGAGAUCCUCCCUUACUUCAACCCUGUCAAAGGUGCGGCGGCCAAGCGAUCCAUGCUGGUGCUCGACUCUUACCGCGGGCACAUUACCCCUGGAAUGCUCGCCGCCUACCGCACACACUCCAUCACGCCGGCCAUCAUCCCAGCUGAAUGCACCAGCCAGAUCCAGCCGCUCGAUGUGUCCAUCAAUCGUUGUUUCAAGGCGGGGGUGCGCGCGCGUUACUGCCGGUGA